GUCGUUUCUCGUGUCACACGAUAAAAAAAAGUCACAAGACCUACUACAAGACUCAGCUGGUUUGUCGUUCAUAGUUUGUUGGCUGAAAAAUUCAUUUUACGUCGAUUUUCGUGAAAAAAAUAGUUUUGAAAGUGCAAUAAAAUGACUGACGUAUCCGAAAUGUUGUCGUCGUUGCCAGACGAUAAAAUUGAUAUGAUUGCUGCAACCAGUGUUUUGCAACAACAAGCUGGUGACAUUCGCAUCAAUAAAAUCAAUUGGCAAUCUUACAUGCAAUCUCAGAUGAUAAACAAUGAAGAUUACCAAUGCAUCAGUACGUUGGACAGCGAAAAGAAGACGCAUUAUCUCCAACAAAAUUCGGAUCAAUGUGCCAAGACAUUCUUGAACUUAUUGUCGCACGUCUCCAAGGAUCAAACCAUUCAAUACAUUUUGGUCAUGAUCGAUGAUUUGUUGCAAGAGGACCGCUCGCGCAUUCAAAUCUUCCACGAUUAUGCAUCGAAGCGUAAGGAGAAUGUUUGGGGACCAUUCCUGAAUCUGUUGAACCGACAAAAUGGAUUUAUCGUGAACAUGUCGUCGCGAAUUUUGGCGAAGCUCGCCUGUUGGUCGGGCGAACAAAUGCCCAAGUCGGAUUUGCACUUCUAUUUGCAAUGGCUUAAGGAUCAACUAACUUUAAAUGCUAAGACCUACAUAAAAGAAAUGGCUGAAUUGUCCAAACGUAUUCAAGCGUCGCACGGCCAUCAUCAUGGCACCUACCAUCAUCAUCAACAACAACAACAACAACAUCACGUUGUUGAACGGUAUAAUCAGAUAUCGAGCAGCAUAGAUGAAAGUACACCUAGCACAGCAAAUGUGCCCAAACCUUUAUCGAGUAACGAGUACAUCCAGUCGGUAGCUCGUUGCCUCCAAAUGAUGUUGCGUGUUGACGAAUACCGUUUAGCAUUCGUCAGUGUCGAUGGUAUCAGCACUUUGGUUGGCAUCCUUUCAGCUGGAGUCAAUUUCCAAGUUCAAUACCAACUGGUAUUCUGUUUGUGGGUGCUGACCUUCAACUCACUGUUGGCUGAAAAGAUGAACAAGUUCAAUGUCAUCCCAGUGAUGAGUGACAUUUUGAACGAUUCGGCCAAGGAAAAGGUCACUCGCAUCAUAUUGGCGGUGUUCCGUAACUUGAUCGAAAAGCCCGACGACUUGCAAGUAGCCAAGGAGCACUGCAUUGCAAUGGUCCAGUGCAAGGUAUUGAAACAACUGUCCAUCCUGGAGCAACGCCGUUACGACGACGAAGAUAUCAGCGGCGAUGUUGAAUUUUUGAUCGAGAAAUUGCAAAGCUCUGUUCAAGAUUUGAGUUCGUUUGACGAAUAUGCCACGGAAAUCAAAAGCGGACGUUUGGAAUGGUCACCAGUUCACAAAUCAGCCAAAUUUUGGCGUGAAAAUGCUCUACGUCUUAACGAGAAGAACUACGAUUUGUUGCGUAUUUUGAUCCAUUUGUUGGACACUUCAAAGGAUCCGCUUGUACUAUCCGUAGCCAGUUACGACAUUGGCGAAUACGUUCGUCACAAUCCCAGAGGAAAGAAUGUAAUUGAGCAACUUGGCGGCAAACAAUUGGUAAUGCAACUCUUGAGCCAUGAAGAUCCCAACGUUCGCUACGAAGCUUUGUUGGCCGUUCAGAAAUUGAUGGUGCACAAUUGGGAAUACCUUGGCAAGCAACUUGAAAAGGAAAGCGAAACAAAACCGACUUCAGGUGGCUCAGCGCCGAUUUCCGGAAAGGCCUAAAUUAUGAGUUAUGUAGAGCAGA